AUGCUUAUUGUGAACGACGAACCGGAGCGUGUCGAUGCUAUCCCGGCUUCGAAGGCGCACCACCUUUGGAUCCCUGUCAUGAUGUGGAUGAAUGCGCUGCUGGACUUCACAAAUGUGACGUUAGCGCUAGAUGCCAUAACUACGUUGGAGGUUACGCAUGCUUCUGCCCCAUGGGUUAUAGAAAGGAUGAUGGUGGCAAAUGUGUUGGUGAGUUAUAUCAACGAGUGUACUGAAUCAAAUGGAGCCUGCUGUAGCGUGAAUGCUACCUGUAUCAACAAAGAGGGAUCUUAUGGAUGCGUAUGCAACGAAGGUACUAUUUUCAUUAGGAUAACCAUCUUCUUAAAGAGAUGUAAGGUUUUACUAAGACUGAUUGGAGUUAUAGAGAUAAUCUGGGACAUUGAUGAUCCAAGCCACGCGAAAUUUACACAACUGUACAAUAACAGAACUUUAGAAAUUUGCAGGAAUUAUAUUUUCAUUUAUUUAUUCAAUGUCAUACUCAAUUAACG